GUUGCAAUUGCAGGUCCUCAUACGAAAGUGGUUCGUCGCAUUUUUACCAAUAGCCGGGAGAGGUGGAGACAGCAGAACGUCAAUGGAGCCUUUGCAGAGCUUCGCAAGCUCAUCCUCAAUGACCAGGAGGAAGAAGGAAACCAAAGGGGCAAAGUGAACAAAGACUCUGGGAUAGUCCAGGAAGACCUCCUGCAGGACAUGUUGUCUCCUAACUCUAGCUGUGGAAGUUCUUUAGACGGAGCAGCAAGCCCGGACAGCUUCACGGAAGAGCACGAAACGCUAGAUUCGAAGCACACGCGGAGCCUGCAUCAUGCCAUUCUCCCCGUAGAAGGCAACGCGCAGCGGUGAUGACCUUCUGCAUCACUCCCGAAGCACCACAGGGGGAGGCAAGACCCGAGCGUGAGGAUGCUGGAACUUGUGCCUGUGGGAUUUGUGACUCUGCCUUUCCCCGGGGGCUCGGUGUCCCCGUUCUCCCCAGCCCAGGACGGAGCGGCAGGGGCAUUGGCCGAGGACAAGACCAAACCAGAUGGACAUUUGGCAUUUAGGUACGUGAUCGUACAAAGAAGAAAAGCAUUGAAGUCAUCUUCAUUGUACAUACUGCUCAUGAUGUGACUCUGCGGAGGGAAAGGAGACACGGCCAGCACCUCUCCAGCAUUUAGAGGGUUCUCAGACUGUUUGACCACCAUCACUUUUUAAACAGUUGUCCGGCUGAGACAUGAAACUCCUCUUUCACUGCCGGUGGAGGCCACCAAAGCUCUCCAGCUCCAUGUGGGGCUGGAGACUGCUGAAACGUGCCAGUGCUGCAGCUUUUCUCCAGCCUGUGGCACAUACAACUGGUCUGAGCAGGAGCUGGGGCCACGUGUUCCUGUUGUCCGAGAGCUUUUGACUGUAUCUUUUUAAAGAGGUGAAAAAAUACCCUCAGCAAAAGAACUAUUAAAAGGAUUAAGACUUUUUCUUUUUCUCUCCUUUUUUCUCCCCCCCCCCCCCCCCUUCUUUCUUUCCCUUCUACCUAACUUUGGAUCGUUUGGGGUUGUUGUAUUUAUGAUGUGGGAUUACUUCUGUUUAACGCGGUCAUGCAGUAUCCACUGAACGAAAAGGUACAUAGGUGUUUUCUGCUGCCCUCCCAGUCCCUGAUUUUUCUGCUGGUAAUGCUCAGUGGGUGAGCUCCAAGCCUGUUGUGUUCUCCUAGAGUUUUCCCAGUGGUUUCUGUAGGGCCAGAGAUUCUCUCAAGGAAGAUUAAUUUCAGAAUUUAUAAGUGGAAAAAAAAAAAUUGCUAGUGAAGCAUCCCCUUAGACUGGGGGAUUUUUAAAUUCAAAAAGCAACAAACUGGCAAAAGGAGUCGAUGAUGCAUCAACAGUGCGCAUGUACAUAGGGUUAUAAAAGGGUUUUAGCGG